AUGGCGUCGACGGGGCAAGUCGCCGGAGGCCUGACGUCGUACGAUCGCCAAGUUUUGACUGCGGUCAAUGCCGGAGCGGCCAGCCUCUCCUUCGUCGGCUCCGGCUUCAUCGUCCUCUGCUACGUCCUCUUCAAAGAGCUCCGCAAGUUCUCCUUCAAGCUCGUCUUCUACCUCGCUCUCUCCGACAUGCUUUGUAGCUUCUUCAGCAUGGUUGGGGAUCCAUCCAGAGGAUUUUUCUGUUACUCGCAUGGCUACAGCACUCAUUUCUUCUGUGUUGCGUCGUUCCUGUGGACUACGACAAUUGCUUUUACUCUUCACCGUACUGUUGUUAAGCACAAAACUGAUGUGGAAGAUUUGGAGGCAAUGUUUCAUUUGUAUGUUUGGGGGACUUCACUAGUUGUGACAGUUGUGCGAUCUAUAGGUAAUAACCAUAGUCACCUAGGUACAUGGUGUUGGUCGCAGUCUGGGCGUACAGGAAAGGCACUUCACUUUGUAACCUUUUAUAUGCCACUCUGGGGUGCAAUUCUUUACAAUGGUUUUACAUACUUUCAAGUCAUACGCAUGCUGAACAAUGCAAGGCGUAUGGCAGGUAGCAUAUCCGACCGCCCUUACCAAUCAGAUGCCAGAGCAGAAACAAAGGCUUUGAACAGGUGGGGGUACUACCCACUCAUCCUGAUAGGAUCAUGGGCUUUUGGCACCAUCAACCGCAUUCAUGACUUUAUUGAACCGGAUCAUAAAAUAUUUUGGCUCUCAGUUCUUGAUGUUGGGACAGCGGCACUUAUGGGUCUGUUCAAUUCAAUAGCCUAUGGCUUGAAUUCCUCAGUUCGACGGGCAAUACAAGAAAGAUUGGAUCUGUUCUGGCCAGACAGGCUUCGAAGAUGGUUCCCCAACAGUUCAAGGCCUAGAAACCAACAUGAAGAGAGUGAACUAGCAUCACUAAAGAUUCAAGAUCAGCACUAGCUUCCUUUUCGCUGCUCUUGUCAAUUCUUUCAUCCUUUUCUCACCAUGUAUGACCGUUGAUGGAAUGGAGAAACAAAAAGGAACAAACCCACUGACUUGCAUCAAUUGCGAAGUCCGCCAAGUGCUCCCGUGAUUAACAACAUAUCCAUACUCUAUUUGUUCCGUCAUGAGUUUGAUUUGAAGCAGCGUGUUAGAUGUAGCCAUAGAUCAGUUGUGUCGUUUGUAGAAGUUGUGAUUAUUAGAUGGAUGAUCCCAGUAACAAUAGGAAACUGUACACUUCAUUUGUAGAGAGAGACAGGAGCACUCUUUAGUUAGAAAUCUAUUAUUCUAUUUGUGAUUU